UCUUGUUAAAAAAUAGUACAUGAAGCUAUCGAUGUUGCGACGGUCCUGUUAUCCGUAAGCGGUCGAGACCGACUAGAUAACGUUGGAAUCCUGAAUUCUCGAUAAGCUCAUAUCAUUCCGGGAACGCGGCUUUUAAAGUAGAAAAUUAUUUUAACACUCGUGAGCACUAUUUAAAGUCCUACUGUGGACUUAGUUUUAUUGCUCAAAAUUUCGAAUAGAAGAUCGAUUGUAUUAAAAAAUGAUGUAUGAAGCUGCCGAUGUUGCGACGACCUAGCUAUCCAUUAGAGUCAUAGCCGGCAGGUCUUCAGAUGCACCAAUCUUCGUGUGAUGAGACCUAAUUCAAUAUUACUUGCGAGAUAUCGAGUAUUACCGAACGAAUGACUGCAUAUUUCAGUGUAUUUUCAAAAUCUUUUGAUUCGAAUUUUGUCUAAACAUUAAAGUACUAUCACUUUAUAUUGCUAAUAAUAUUUACACAUAUAGAUUGAAUAUAUUAGAAUUCUGUUGACAAAUAUAUAUAAAAUACAUAAAUUUGUGACUACAAUCAAGAAUUAAUGAUUAUUUGAUAAAAAAAUAAUAAUUAGUUAAUAUUAGGUCUAUCGGAAAGUUCUGUCCGUUUUUAGAAUAAAAUAAAAUAAUAAAUUUUUCAUACCUUGAAUAAACUUUAUUGAAUAAUAUAAUUGCCAUCAUUAUUUAUGACUUCUUGCCAGCGUGAUAGCAAUUUGUAUAUCCCAUGUUUAAAAAAUACCUUAUCCCUAGAGGCGAAAAAUUGAAUUAGUGUUUGUCUCAUAUCUUCUUUGUUUUUGAAUUUUUUGCCCUACAAAAAAUUUUAUAAGGACAGAAACAAGUAAUAAUCGGAGGAUGCUAGGUCCAGGGAGUAUGGUGGAUGCGACAGAAUUUCCCAGCCUAGCUCUAGGAAUUUCUGAUGGGUCCCUAAAGCAGUAUGUGGCGGCCUGGCAUUAACAUGAAGCAGUAUGAUGUGUUUCCCAUUGAACAUCGCCGGCCUCCUUUCUUGGAGUGCUGUUUUUAAAUUAUCCAAUUGCUGACAGUAUCUCACCGAAUUUAGCUUGUCGUUUGGUUUCAACAGCUCAAAAUGUAUUGGUCCUUAAAUGUCCCACCAUAUAUACAACAUUCUCGUACUUAGAGUAUCUUCGGUUUAGAGGUGGAGGAGGCAGCUUUUCUGGAUUCACAAUAGGCUCUUUUCCUUACGAUGUUUUUGUAGGUAAUCCACUUUUCAUUCCCAGUUAUCAUUUGAUCUAAGAAGGGUUCGAUUUUGUUCGAUGCAAGCAGAAAUGUGCAUAUAAUGACUUAAUCAUUCAAAUUCUUCUCAUUUAACUCAUGUGAUACCAAUCUUAAAUAUUUCCACACCAAUCCUAGUUUCCGAAUAUGAUCCGAAAUGGUUUGUUGAGUCGAAUCAAGCCUUUCCGCGAUCUCCGAUGUUGUCAAAAAAGGAUUUUGCUCUAACAUGAUAUUGACAAUAUCGUCAUCGUCGAUUAAAGAUGGUCACCCGGAGCGUGGCUUAUCAGAAAGAUCGAAAUCACCUAUUUCAAAAUUUUCGAAUCAUCUUCUGCAUAAUCUAUCAGAAAUUGUACCUUCACCAAACAUUUCCAAUAAAUUUUUACACGCUUCUAUAACAUUUCUUCCUUGUUGGAAUUCGUACAAAAUACAGUGGCGUAAAUGAACUUUAUCAGUAGCCAUGGAUACACGAUCUCAAUACUAACAUGAAUCAUCUUCGUUUAGUUCAUUCUAGUAUGCAUACAUUCAGUGAUAAAAAAAGAGAAGCAAAUAUGCGUCAAAUGAAUAUGCACAUACUUGUUGAAAAUUGUUGUAACGGACAGAACUUUUCGGUACAUCUAAUGUAUACUUACAUAUUAUUUUUAUAUCAAUUUCAAAGAAAUAAUAGGUUACCUUUGUUUUAUAUAGUAAUUUUAAUAUAAAUGUUGCUAAAACUAAAUAAACUAAAGUGCUGUACAUGUACUUUUUAAUUAUUAUAAUAUAUCAUGUCCAAAUAUUAAAAUUAUUUAUUAUACUAUCUUCACGGAGAGAACGAUUUUGUUCCAUUCGGUUUGGAUGGACAGUGUAAGGAUCAAGUGGAGGAAUUUGAGCACGCUACUCAGAGCCGUAUACAUAAAACAAAGUACCGUUGUAUCUAACUAUUAACUCUCUAAUGUUCGAAAUAAAGCGUAAAAGCUUAUGUGCGCGGGGUCCUUUUCCGGCUGUAUUCGGUUCUGAUAGCCUGCAGGACCCAUUUGAUAACAUGGAGGGGGCAAAAUGGGCGUUCCGUCGAGCGGGAUUUGACCGAACCAUAUGAAAUGCUGAUCGUUUUUUCCGUGAACACAAUAUAUAUAUAAUUAAUAGUAAAUGGUUUAUAUAUAUAUAAAUAGAGAAAUGAUGGCUUUACCCAUAGAGAUCUGGGAACAGAUAUUUUUAUAUGUUGAUACAAUAACUCUUACAAAAUUAAAAGUUGUAUGUAAUUCUUGGAGAGAAAUUAUUGAUAAAAUCUUAAAGGAACGUAACUUUUGGUAUAAAAAAUGUAAGGAAGAAAUAUCACAAAAUAUAUGGAGUUUACUGUUUGAAACAUUAUAUCCUAAUAGAUCAUAUGUUGAUUUGAAAAAUGCAAAAAAAGAAGGAGAAAUAUGGAUGAAUAUGUAUAAAUGGUGGACUAAGUGCAAGAAAUUAACAAAUUAUAAUAUUUUUCUUGAAAAUUUAGAUCCAUUGCCAAAAUAUCAUUUUCAAGAAAUCAUUACCUGUACUGCAGUAUUGGAAAAUACUUUGGCUAUAGGUACAUCCAAAGGAUAUAUUUAUUUUUACAAUAUUGAUGCUUUAAAUAAUAAACCAAUAUAUGUAGCAAAUCAUAUGGAAUUUUUAUAUAAAAUUAAAUUUUUGAAAAAUAGUAGAAAAAUUAUUCUUGUAUCUUCUUGUAUAAAUGGUCAUAUCAAAUUCUGGGAUCUUGAAUCUAAGGAACUCAUUAAAAAGGAUCAUGGAAAAUUACUCAGUACAAGUCAAAGUUAUUGCUAUACUGUCAUAAAGAAUACAUUAAUUGUCCAAGGAUGUAUUCCCAGGACAUUGUAUGAACUUCCUGUUGAUGAAAUUGUUGCUGGUGCUGCAGAUGGUAAUAAGAUAUCCUUUUAUACAAAGAAAGGACAUUUCAUUAAUGUACAAUUGGCAGAAGGUGAAGAAGUAUUUAUCACAGAAUUUGUAAAACCACCAAAACUAUAUAUCCGUGAUUAUUAUAUGUUUACUAAUAUAGCAGUAUGUAUUACAGAACAUGGACACUUAGGUUUUUCUAUUCAUGGUGGAAAGUGGAAAUUUCAUAAUAUACUUCCCAUAUUUCAUGGAACACCCACUGCUGUCUUAGUUUAUGCACACCUUCUCGUAUUAGGUUUAAACUCAGAUAAAGUAUUUUCUUCAUCUACUGUCUCAUAUCUAACCAUUUGAAGUCUAUAACAGCCAUCUUCAUCUUGUACAUAUUGAAAUCGCUUAUGACCACUAGGUAAUUGUAAAUGAUGUGCUUCAAUAAGAUGUUUAGUUAAGCGAUAACUUUUUCUAUAUUUAACAGGACAUUCAUGACAACAAUACCAUCUCACUUCUAAACUAUGUAUACGUUCAACAUGUCUACAAUAAUUAAAAUUUUUAUGAUAGAUAUAGUUUCACAUAUUAUCAUAGUAGAUAUAUAAAAAUCAAAAUACCUGUCUAAUGUAUAAGCACCCUUACAAGUGAAAGAACAACCUUCAUAGUGACAAGAGAAAUUAGGUCCAUUUGUAUGAACAGUCAUAUGGGAAUCUAAAUCUUGUUGGGACUUAGCAGCAUGAGAACACAACUGACAUGGAAAAGUUCUUGUGGAUACAUGUCGAUACCUCACGUGUUUUGCUAAACUGGCUGGAGAUUCACAAGUCAUAUCACAUAAAGUACAUUUAUAAUUAAAUACAUGCAAUCUCAUAUGAUCACGGAGAAUGCCUUCUGUUGGAUAGAAUUUAUUACAAUGUGAACAUUGAAAUCCUUGCACUGAAAAAUAAAUCAUUAAAGUAGUAUGAUAAAAAUUACAAAAGUAAUGUGAAAAAUAUCUAAAGAAAAUAAAAAGAGAAAUAUAAUGUUUGAUAUUUGUCUUACCAUCUAUAGGAAUUUGCCUUUUACAAUGAGUAUGAAAUUUUGUAUUGGAAGCAAACAUAGUACCACAAUCCGGACAAGCAACUAUUUUUUCUUUAGUAUGACAUCUCAUAUGAUCUCUAAGUUUAUAUAAACUAGGAUAUUUAUUUUUGCAUCCAGUCCAUUUACAUUCAAUUCCACCUUCUACUUUAUUACCACGUGGAUUAGUAUCUAUAUGAGCAAUUAUAUGAUACAAAUACAUCUGAUAAUUAGAAAAAAUUUUUAAACAUUCUUCCCAUCUACAGAUAUGUGGUACUGGUGAAUCAAAAAUAUUCUUGCAAUCUGCAUCUCUAUUACAUUUCUGUAAAAAAUUUAUUUUUUUAUGAUAAACAAUUUACUUGAUACCAUUGAAAUUAUUUAAUUAUCAUUAUAAUUACAGGUAAUUUUAUUCUUCCACGAAUAUUUGUUCCAAUACACUUUAAUUUAGUAUGAUAAGAAUGGUAAUUGACGUGUCGUGAAAUUUCGUCAGAAAUACCACUUUCAUAUGAACAAUUUUUCCACUUACAUACAUAAACCUCUGUAUUGUCUUCUUUAACUUUUAUUUCUAAAUCGCUUAUAUGAUUAGCAACAUGUCUUGUAAAUACUUCAAUGUAAUUAUUAUCAAAUUUACAAUCUUUCCAUUCACAAACUAAAUGUAAAACUUCAUGCUUUAAAUAUUUCCCUACUCUACGUCUUUUACCACCACAUUCUGAAACGGAAUCAAAUUCAGAAUCGGUUUCAUAGUCGUUACAACUAUUUUCUGUUUUAUCUUUGGAUGUGUCUUCAGAAUACAAAUGUUCAUUCUGUGAUUCCACCCAGAUACUACAUCUUUCUUGCAUUUCAUUAGAUGUAAUUGAUGUUGUAAGAAGUUCUGUCAUUUUGUUUGCACAAUAAUAAUCAAAUCACAAUAUUUUGUAUUAGAAUAAUAACAAAAACUCUUCUGCUUUACAAACCGAUGCUUAACCUGUAAUUAUACACUAUCGCGUAUAAUUAGUUCGAAAUCAUAGUCAAUGUUUAUAAAAAAAAUAUUAAAUAUACUACUUUUAGACAUUUAAGUACUUUUCAAUCAGCUAUUAGGUCCUAUUAUUUAUUUCGUAAAGAAGUGGAUAAAAUUACUGAUGAAUUUGGCCACUUUUAAUGUGUACUAUGUAUGAAUAUUAUUCAAAAAUUUACAUUAUCAUAAUAAAUUGAAAAAUAAUAACAUUUAUAAAAUAAUAAAUACUAAGGUAAAAAUAUUUGCAACGUGCACAUCAAACGUAAUAGAAAUAUAAACACAACUAUCCGCCAUCACAGACCAACCGUUCGCGCGUUAAAUUCAAAAUCAUUUUUAAUAUAACAUAUUUUUAUUAUUUAUUAAUUCAAGUCAUUUAUUGACGUUUCAAAUCUCAAACAAUACCCUAUUUUUAUAAAAAGAUUUUUGUUAAAUCAACUUUUCAGAAUCUAAUUAAUAGAAAAUAUCAAAAUGUAGUCAUUAGCUUGACUGUACUUGCAUUAUUCACAUUAGGUAAAAAUAAUUUUUAUAAUGCAAACAAUAUAGAUUGCCUAAAUCUCUCCACGUGAAGAUUACUGCAUAUGAAGAUUCUCAUGAAUUAUAUUAUAAUUAAUUAAUUUUUAUGUAUCUAAUCUGAGCUAUAUAAAUCUUGUUUAGUAAGUAUCCAUUCUAUGUAAAUAAAAUCUAAUGAAAAUGUAAAAAUCAUACUCAUCUACCCUUUUUUAUAAUUUAAAUAAAUGUAU